AACCUCCCAAAACCCUAGACGCCGCCAUCGGAGCUUCUUCGCCUGGAAAGAAAGCCAGCCUUCUUCACAUCUGCUCUUGCAAUGGCCGACGGCGGCGAAACCGCCACCGCCACCGCCGCCGCCACCGCCACCGCCGUGGUGGUGACUCUGGGAGGCAAGGGCUCCUCCCUCUCCGCGUCCUCGUCAUACGCGGUCGCCGCCGGUACCGCCCGCUUGCGCGUAGACUCGUCGGCGAGCGAUCGCCUCGCGGCUUCGCCGGCCAAUCGGAUCUCUCCGGCCGCCAAUUUCCAGAUAUCCUUCCCCCCUUACUUCAGCGUUGUGGAAACCCGCGCUUCUCUCACGGUGCUUCUCAACAAGCUCCUUCUGUCGGGUUCUUCCGGCACGCGCACGGUACUCGUCGAUCUCAUUUUGGAUUCCUUGAGUUCCGUGCCUCCUCGGGAUUUUGGAAAUCUCGCCGUGACCGAUGAAGAAGUAUGCAUAUUGGAGAAUGCGCAUUCCAGUUUGUACGGGAUUUGUGCGGUCUUGGACCACUUGUCGACGGCCUUGUCCACGACGGUCGAUGCGGUUGCUGCAUUGUCGUGCGAGGCCAUCAAAGCUAACGUGGCGGUCUUCAAUCCGAUGGACUCGGGUGAUGGGUUUGUCCAGAAGGAUGAGAUCGGAGUUGCUAGUGAUAUGAAAGUCUUGCUUAAUGGGUCUAAGCUGGUGGGUGAGGUGGAGAGCGAGGCAAUUUCGUGCAUUCCCAAAGUUCAUGCGACAUUGAGAAGGGUGGUCAAAUCGGUGCAUUCAGAGGUGCGAGUGUACCUGCAUUCGUCUGUUAGAAUACAGAAAACUGGGUCCGCCGCUGAUGGCGCGGCAGAUGACGUUGUGAAUGUGUUGUUGCCGCUGGCUGAUGCGCUGCUGAGGAUCGGUAAGAGCUCUUUGUGCCGUGCGAAGAUGAAUUUAGAUUCAAUUGCUGCCGAUGCCCUGAAAAGCAGCUUAACAGGUAUGUUUGAGAAGGACUGUGUACGUAUGGAUGAUUUGGAGAAUGAGAAAAAGGUUAUCGUGGAUGCAUAUAUUGGCGGAGAUUUUGAGAAGUUUGUGCAUGAAUUGUAUGUGCUUUGUGAUCGUGUCUGGAAAAUAGUGGCUUGGGAGGCAAUUACCGCAUUUGUUGCGCUUGAGGGAAGUGAAUUGAUCGAAAAGGGAAAGCAUGAUGAAAUUAAUGGAGUGCAAGCAGAUAAGAAAAGUGAGAAGAAAAAGAAGAAGAAGGUGUUGUUGGGGAGAGGGACAGCUGUUGUGGUGCAAUUGAUUAAGGAUAGAUUUCAGAGGAAUGGAGAUAGUACAGGGUCGCUGGAGAAACUUGUAAAAGAUUUAUUACUGUUCCUAGACACGAGGGGUCCGGAAUUUGACAAUUUCUUGAACAAAGUGAAGGACAUUGUGGACAGUAAUGAGAGUAGAAGGCUGCCCAAGCUUGCCAAGGGAACUCGUGAUUUUGCGAAAGAACAAAUGGCAAUAAGAGAGAAAGCAUUCUCUAUUAUAACAGAGGUUUUCAAGAAGCAUGGUGCCACGGCACUUGAUACUCCUGUUUUUGAACUGAGAGAGACUCUGAUGGGAAAAUACGGCGAGGACUCAAAGUUGAUAUACGAUCUUGCUGACCAGGGUGGAGAGCUUUGUUCUCUACGAUACGACUUGACUGUUCCAUUUGCGAGAUAUAUGGCUAUGAAUGGACUUACGUCAUUGAAGAGACACCAAAUAGCUAAAGUAUACAGGAGGGAUAACCCUUCUAAGGGUAGAUACCGCGAGUUUUACCAAUGUGACUUUGACAUUGCUGGGCAAAAUGUAAGGAUGGGGCCAGAUUAUGAGGUCGUAGUAAUUCUUAUCGACUUGCUUGAUAAACUGAAUAUUGGAGACUAUGAGGUAAAGCUGAACCACCGGAAGUUAUUGGACGGUAUGCUGGAAAUAUGUGGUGUGCCAUCAGAGAAAUUCAGAACUAUUUGCUCAAGUAUCGACAAGUUAGACAAACAGCCAUUUGAGCAGAUCUGGAAGGAGAUGGUGGAGGAAAAAGGUUUAACUGCUGAGACAGCGGACCGCAUUGGCAAUUUUGUAAAGGAAAGGGGUGCACCUCUGGAAUUGUUGUCAAAGCUUCAACAGGAGGGGAGCAAAUUUUUGGAAAAUGAAGGAUCUGUGCAUGCCCUGAAUGACUUGGAGAUAUUGUUCAAUGCCUUGGAAAAGUCAAAGUGUAUCAACAAAGUUGUUUUUGACUUGAGUCUUGCCAGAGGUCUCGAUUAUUAUACAGGGGUGAUAUUUGAAGCAGUUUUUAAAGGGGCCACACAGGUUGGAACAAUUGCUGCUGGAGGGCGUUAUGACAACCUUAUAGGAAUGUUUGGUACAAAGCAGGUUCCGGCAGUUGGUGUCAGUCUAGGAAUUGAACGAGUAUUUGCAAUAAUGGAGCAGCUUCAGAAAGAUCAGAACCAGAUAAUUCGAGCUACAGAGACACAAGUGUUGGUUGGAUUUUUGGGGGAUGAUCUGCCUUUAGCAGCAGAGCUAGCGAAGGAGUUCUGGGAUGCCGGAUUGAAAGCAGAAUUCCUGGUCAGUAAAAGAGUGAUGAAACACAUUGAUUACGUCAAAGAGUACCGAAUCCCCUGGAUGGUUCUAGUAGGCGAGCGGGAACUGAGGGAAGGCGUGGUAAAGUUGAAAGAUUUUGAGAAUGCCAAAGAGGAAGUAGUUCCUCGAAGCGCAAUCGUUCAAGAACUUCUCAACCGUUUAUGAUCUGUGAGAACUUAGAUUACGCUACUAGUGCUAUACUGUUCAUGCUUUUAAUGCCACAUACAAGCCUCUAUCGGCGGUAACAUGCUGCUUCCAGCAACAAGAUUGAAACAAUGAAAAAAGAUAGGGAGGGACGAUCAGCCUAACUAUCUCCUGUUGUUUUCCCUAUUUAGUGGAACAUACUGUCAUUAACCAUUUUGAUGUUGGAGAAACUCUUAAUACAAAAUUUCUCUGGUUGUAGCUGAAA